GUUAGCAUGUAUGAAAAAUAAUGUUUAACUUUCAAAUGUGUCUAAUAGAAAAUUUUCCAUUGUGGAAAAACACGAAAUAUCGUUAGCUCGUAUUAAAGAUUUAAAUUUGAAUUACAUUCCAAUGACUUUGAGAACGUUUUAUAGCUGGGAUAAAAAUAUAUAUGCCAGUUCUAGAGAGACGAUUAACGAUUAAUAAUCUGCGUCUCAAGUCCUCGAUAAACAGCAUCACUUAUUAGUGUGGGUUACAAGGAAAGUAACAUAUCAUUCGGAGUGAAAGGAAAAUUACGCACUUCUAAGGAAUCUUCGACAAAUUUUCAAUCAACAAAUCAGACACAAUGAGUUCAAAACAUUUGUCUAUCGGAUCUGUUGCUCCACCUACAAUACCUGGAAAAAUACGGUUAUAUAGCAUGCGAUUUUGUCCGUACGCACAAAGAAUUCAUUUAGUACUUGAUGCGAAACAGAUACCGUAUGAUGUUGUUUAUAUUAAUUUGACAAAUAAACCUGAUUGGUUACUGGAAAAAAGUCCUUAUGGUAAAGUUCCUUGUAUAGAAUUAGAUGGAGGGGAAACAUUAUACGAGAGUCUUAUAAUUGCUGAAUAUUUGGAUGAAGCAUAUCCACAAAAUAAACUUUAUCCACGUGAUCCUCUAGCAAAAGCUAAGGAUAAAUUAUUGAUUGACAAAUUCAAUUCUGUUAUAAGUAUUAUAUAUAAAUUGUAUUUGAAUACAAGUGUAGGAUGUGACGUCUUUGAGGAGGCACUAGCUGGUCUAGAACGGUUUGAAAAAGAACUUGCAAAGAGAGGAACAGCUUUCUAUGGUGGAAAUUCUCCUGGAAUGUUGGAUUUCAUGAUUUGGCCAUGGUGGGAAAGGUCAGAUAUGAUUAGAGUUUUACGUGGAGAACAAUAUGUUAUACCUCAAGAUCGUUUCAAAAGACUGUUGGAAUGGAGAUCUGCUAUGAAAGAAAAUGCAGCAGUAAAAAAUAGUUACUUAGAUACUGAAGUGCAUGCUAAAUACAUGCAAAGUCGCCUUGCUGGAACACCGCAAUAUGAUUUAGUUACUGCUUAAUUUAAUAAUAUCAAUACUUGUAUUAGGAAUACACAAUAUUGUAUUCAAAGAAAAACAGUAACUAUAAUGUUGGUAAUAGUCUAAUAGGUAACAUUCAUUUAUUUACAGAAAUGUUCUUUACAAGACUAACAUAAAGAAUGCAUUUUUUUCUUUAUCUUUAAUGCAAUUACUAUUAUGCUUUAUAAUAAAAAGACUAUACUUAUAUGAAAAAUGAAAAAAAUAUAUUAUUUUCAUUAUAAAAAAUUAUAUUGUUACUUAAUGAAAUAUAGCACCGUGUUACUCAGCUGUAAAUCUAAUAUAUAAAACU